CCCAACACAAUACAUGCUCCCUCCAAAUUUAAAAGCCUAAAAAGAAACAAACAAAUCACACUUCUCCCACACCAAAAACACUACAACACUCUUCACUUCUUCCGUCUUCACUACUUUCUUUGCCUAUCUCCACUCUCAAAACUUCUCACUGCCAAAUUCUCUCUCCUAUCCCCAAUUUCCGCCAUUGUCACACCUUCAAAACCCUAAUUUUUCCCCAUCAAUGGCACCCAUCGAUCCUCACUCAUACACCGAUUCAACUCACCCUUUCACAACCCACAUCUCACUCUCUCUCUACUUCGAUUUUCCUUCUUCAACCAUCCACGCUUCAGCUCUACUUUCUCUCUCCUCCCCUCACUCCGGCAAUCUCUCUCUAGACACUCGUUCUCUCUCCAUAACCUCCAUUGUCGACCCCAAAACCCUAGCUCCAAUUCCAUUUUCUCUCUCCUCUGAAACCGACGCCAUUAAAGGUACCUUAUUAACUGUUUCUCUCUCUGAUCAGUCUGAGUUCCUUGUUUCCUUCAAAACUUCAUCGAAUUCUUCUGCUCUUCAAUGGCUAUCACCUCCGCAAACGUUCAACAAAACGUCGCCGUUUGUCUACACUCAAUGUCAAGCUAUUCAUGCUCGUUCGAUCUUCCCUUGCCAGGAUACCCCGGCCGCUAGGAUUAAGUACUCGGCGAAGAUUAAUAUUCCUAGACCGCUUUCUGCUGUUAUGUCCGCCCGACACGUGGAGCGCCGUGUGCCGGUUGCUGGUGAGGCAGCAAUGGCAUGUGAUGAUUCAAUGUGGUCUGCGGAAAAUAGGGUGGUGGAAGAGUUUGUGAUGGAGCAGCCAAUACCACCGUACCUUUUUGCAUUUGCUGUUGGAGAAAUCAGCCACAGGGAGGUAGGUCCAAGGACAAGGGUGUAUGCAGAGUCAGUGCCUUCAGUUUUAGAUGCAGCUGCAAGUGAAUUUGCAGGAACUGAGGAUAUGAUUAGGCAAGGGGAGAAGUUAUUUGGGCCUUAUGAUUGGGAAAGGUUUGAUUUGCUAGUUUUACCUCCGAGCUUUCCAUAUGGGGGAAUGGAGAACCCAAGGAUGGUGUUUCUAACACCUACAGUCAUAAAAGGGGAUGCAACUGGAGCACAAGUUGUGGCUCAUGAACUUGCUCAUAGUUGGACUGGAAAUCUUAUUACAAACAAGAAUAAUGAACACUUUUGGUUGAAUGAGGGUUUUACAACUUACGCAGAAAGAAGAAUUGUUGAGGUGGUGCAAGGGGAGGACAGGGCUGCUUUAAAUAUUGGUAUAGGUUGGAAGGGCUUAAAUGAUGAAAUGGAAAGGUUUAAAGAUAAUAUGGAAUUUACAAAGCUUAAAACACAGCAAGAAGGAGUGGAUCCAGAUGAUGUAUAUUCACAGGUCCCGUAUGAGAAAGGCUUUCAGUUCCUAUGGCGCAUUGAACGUCAGAUUGGCAGAACCGCAUUUGAUGAGUUCAUUAAGAAGUAUAUUUCCACCUUUAAGUUCCAGUCAAUCGAUACUGAGACCUUCUUAGAUUUCUUGAAAUCUAACGUCUCUGGCAUAGAAAAAGAGAUCAAUUUGGAGCUGUGGACUGAGGGCACAGGAAUCCCUCCAGAUGCUCUGGAACCUGUAUCCAUUAUCUAUACUAAGAUUGUGUCGCUUGCAAAUGAGUUCAAAAAUGGGCGAAUGCCGAGGGACGAUGAAGUUGCCGACUGGGGAGGGCAGGAAUGGGAGCUAUACUUGGAGAAUCUGCCUAAAUCUAUUGAAGCUUCACAGAUCUCAGCAUUAGAUGCACGCUAUAGACUUGCUGAAUCAAAAGAUUAUGAAGUGAAAGUGGCAUUUCUUCAAUUGGCAAUUUCAUCCGGGUGUCGGGAUUAUUAUGGCGAGGUGGAGAAAACCUUAAAGGAGGUCGGAAGGAUGAAGUAUCUCCGCCCCCUUUACACUUAUCUUGUGCAAGGUCCAGGAAAGGAAGAGGAGAAAAUCUUCGCAAAAAGGGUAUUUGGGGAAACCCGGGCCUGCUAUCACCCGAUAGCUCAAGGUGUGGUAGAGUCCAUUCUAUCCAAGCAUCUGUAACUCUUCUGUAAAGUGGGAAGAAGGGCACUGAUUUUAGCACUCUUGCCUAGUUAUAUCCGCACUCCCCUAUGUGAGUUACGAGGAGUGGGUAUUUAAUUUUGGGACUGCUAAUAUCCGUUCCUAAUUAGGGGUCAAUGCAUACAUAACUUAAUAAUGGGUAUUUGUUGUACUAUGCUUAGCAAUUGAGAUUUGACAUGGCUUUUCUUGAUUGCAUCUUUUGAUCUAAUAACAAAGAUAGGUCAUGCAAACAACUGACUAUCAUCUAUUUAGCUUUGACCCGAAAGGCGGAUAUCUAGUGAUCUCUAUUUGUUAUACUUGAUUUUUAUAGUUACAGUUAUACCAUUUGAUAUUCA